AUGGAAAAUUUCCUCAAAAAGUUAAAAGGAAAAUUGUCAAUGGAAAAUGUUGUCGAGCUGGUAGAAGAUGGUAAAGUCAUUGACGAAGAUGAAUUCAAAGAAAAUAUAAAUGAGGCAGCUGACGAAAUAAAUACAAAUAGUUAUUUGAUAUCUAAAGUGAAUAGUAUUAAAAAGCUUCAACAACCUGAUGAGAACAAAAUUGAAAACGAUUUAAAAGAUUCAGAUUCCGCUAGCUCUAACUUAAACGUAGAAAAUGCUAAUGAGGCCCAAGAAGAGCACUCGAAACCUCACAACAGAGACCUCACUUUCUUUUUU